GUGUCGCUCGACUUACUGAGCCUAGACUCAAGCCUCCCGCCACAACCCGCUAAAUCCCAGGUGACUCCGGAGGGAAAUGGGAUUCUAUAGGCUUGAUCACGUCGCCGGACUAUGACGGCUCAAACUCACAAUUGCCUGGAGAAACUCUUAAGAUGUAGUUGGCGACUCAAGGCUACGCAAAACGAGGCUUUUCCUCCGUCUCGCAUUAUCAACACUUGCUUUGCUUGUGCUUCCUUCGAAUUCAACAACACAGUAAUUUCAACGACAUCGACCUCUCAAGGUGAUAUCAAAGGAUAGGCAGUUCUUUUGGAGGGGGUCAGCUCGAAGUUUGCAGUACUUAUCCAAGACAAAGGGAACCGUGCGCUUUCAAGGUUAGAUCGGGGACCAGCUUCUGUCGUUCGCGGGACCGCCAUUGGCAGCACAGGGUUGCAAGCCGACAAGUCGUCCUGCAUGCAGGGCCCUGACCCUGCGAUAUCCUGACGCGGCCGACUUACACAGCAAACGACAAGAUCGGGCCAUCGACAAGUGCGGACAAUCCACCAAGAUGACAAGUUGCACACGCCCAGUGAGCAGUAUCGAACUCGUACUGCCACCUCAAAAUGCAUACCUUUAUCGCAAUAGGCCUUUGCCCCUACCUCCAACGACACUAUCCAGGACUUCAUCAAAGGCGAAACCACCACCAAGAUUCAGUGCUUUCCCACAAACAUUGGGCCCAGGAAAUGAUCCUAAAGCAUUACCCCAACAACCCCCUGUGAUUGUUCCCAAGGCUUUAACAAGACAAAGGGCGUCGCGUAUGAGUAUAUCGGGCACUACUUCACUCCGUGAACGAAGAUCAUCUCAGAAAAUUCAACAGAUUACGGGCCACGACGUUGGACCUGGUAUUGAUUGGACGUCCGCUAUAUCUCGACCUCAGUAUUCACCUUCCAUUUCACCCAAAUCAAUGCGAGACGACUCGUCGAGUGGUUACGGCAUCUCUUUGGACGAACCCAUAUUUGAUGAUGAGCCUACACCACUCGCAGACUAUCAGCCAAGAUCUUCUGACAGCAGCAUGCCUCCUCUCGAGCCAGACUGUGAUAGCGUGUUGAGUAAUCACAGCUAUACAUCUCCGGAAUCACCCAAAGCCCAAAGAGGAUCUGUUUCACUACAUAUGGCUAAGACAAAGCGUCUGAGUAGUGCAACAUCAACAAUGGCAGCAUUAGAACCAGUUUCCAACCUAGAAGACCCCUUCAAUGAAGAUGUUAAUUGGCAAGCCGGGUCAUGCUACAACUACUUCAGCGACCUCGAAACAGCGGAUGAGUAUCAUCGCAUUGCCACCAGAUUGGCCAACAACGACAAACGGCAAUCUAUAUACGGUACUUCUUCUCUUACACGAUCCCGCACCUCGCUCAGUCGACGUCUCAGUGUUGGAGCAAGAUCCCUCUUUACGCGAAGGAAAGACUCGGCUUUGUCCGCGAGCUCUAGCCGAGCAUCGCUAACGGCCGCCAGCUAUCCUACAAAGGGGCCCUACUCACCUUCAAUACCUCCUUCAUCAGAAACUGGGAGUGUUGUUUCUCCACCGCGUAGUACGUUUGAGAUCGAUGACGAAGACGAGCUUUAUGCAGAUGAUGGCAGUAUGAGGGACGUCGUCAAGGAUUUCUUGGCGCGGAGAAGUGAGGAGCGCAACUCGAUGGAACUAGGAAUACCUCGUUCUAUACCACAGUUUUCAGAGAAGUCACCAGAACACAAGUCUUUGUCAAGAACAGGAGUGCAGGUCAAGGACCUGAUCUCAAAUGCGCGUGAUGGAGCGAGGUUGAUUCAAGCAAGAGGUGAGAGGAGAAGAACUCAGCUCAGGACUCAGAUCAAGAUGAUUCCAGAGGAAGAGGUUGGACGUUGAGUCAUAAUUAUAAGGAAGACAUGGCACUUACUGAACGAAGUCUUGCUUGGUAUUGCAUUUGAGCGUGGCGUGUCGUAUUAAACAAGAUUCCCCCAAAAUGGUAUUCGAUUAAUGCAACUACUUUAUAUGACUUGCACUAGAUCUGAGAGCAAAGUGAAAUCGGCACGAACGAUGAUCUGCAAGGCCCAAGCUAUUCGGCAGCAGACCCUGGCUAUUUCUUAUACUACCUCUUUUUUGCCUUGACGAUUCAGA